AUGGCGGUGGUGAGCGGGCUUGCUGCCAAAGUGGACAACCUUUCUGCAACAGUGUCUGGUCUUAGUAAUGAGUUUGCCACCUUUAAGAACCAGCAGCACACAGUAUGCAGUGGGACCUCCCCUGUGGCCCCAACCCCAUCUCCAGCGAGCGGUGCUCAGUGGGGGCAAGGAGAGCGUGACGUGUGCCAACAUAGCUUGUGUGACCCACCCAAGAAAAAGGACAAUGCUGCAGGGCAGUGUGCAACUGCAGCUGCACCCUCACCAAGGAUGGAUACCCCCACCAAGCCAGUCAAGGGAGCCAUGCGACAACCCCGGAGCCCAUCAGGGAUGGCCCCUGCUUCCCCUGCCUCAGAAAGCAAGUCACCUGAGGCAGACUGUGAUGAGGAUGCCGCAAGAAGAAGCGCUGUUCCAGCCCAAAUCCACCCCGGACUGCCAGCUCCAAGCCAGACCAGGGACAUCUGA